CAUGCGAUUUCAGGGGGUUAAAAAAUUUUGGGUAGACGUCGUAGUACGGGCGAAGGAAUCAAUGUCAAUAGUUUAAAAAAAAAAAAUAACAAUAUAAUAUGCGAUUUCCGCCGGGCGUGAACCCAAGGGGAAUAGGAUGAGGCGAGUGGGAUCAAGUCUGGUGAAGUCUAUCAAUCCUUGAGCUGUGUGACUGUGUCAGGAGUAACCAUGAACUCAAAGGUCAUAGCAACCGUGCUCGCGGUCUUCUCCAUGCUAUUCGCCUUCAACUCUAAACUAUUUUUCGGACCUCCUUCAAUUCCGGGUUCUGAGGACCUGCUCCACACCGCUCAGAUACUCCAUGUCACCGGAGCUGUCGGGCCGGAGAGCCUCGUCUUCGAUAGCAACGGUGAGGGUCCGUACACCGGCGUCGCCGACGGACGGAUUCUCAAAUGGCAAGGACAGGGUCGAGGUUGGACUGAUUUUGCCUUUACCACUUCUAAUAGGACCGAAUGCAAACGUCCAUUCGCACCAGAGUUGGAGCAUAUUUGUGGGAGGCCACUUGGACUAAGUUUUGACGAGAAAAGUGGAGAUCUGUACAUUGCCGAUGCCUACCUUGGCCUCCAAGUUGUAGGACCUACAGGUGGUUUAGCCAAGCCUUUGGUGACACAUGUUGAGGGUCAACCCUUGCGCUUCACCAAUAGCAUGGACAUCAGCGAGGACCAAGACGUCAUUUACUUCACUGAUUCUAGCACAGUCUUCUACAGAAGGGAAUUCAUGAGUUCAAUUCUUAGUGGGGACAAGACUGGUCGUUUAAUGCAAUAUGAUAAGUCGACCAAAGAAGUGACGGUCUUGAUAAGGGGGCUUGCUUUUGCCAACGGAGUUGCACUGAGCAAAGAUGGCUCAUUUUUAGUGGUAGCAGAAUCCUCUGCAUGCAAGAUCCGCAGGCUCUGGCUCCGCGGACCUAACACAGGUCAAGUCGACAUAUUUGCUGAGCUUCCUGGUUUGCCUGAUAAUAUAAGAAGAAACUCCAAGGGGGAGUUUUGGGUGGCUUUGCAUGCAAAGGCAAGUCCUUUCGCCAGAUUGGUUUCUUCAAAGUCAUGGGCUGGGAAUGCAAUGCUGAAUCUUCCCCUUAGCUUCAAACAUUUGCACGGAUCGUUCACUGGUUGGAAGCCUCACUCCUCUGUCAUGAAGCUGAGUGAUAAAGGAGAAAUAUUGCUAGUGUUGGAAGAUUGUGAAGGGAAGGCCUUGAGGUUUGCUAGCGAAGUGGAAGAGAAGGAUGGGAAACUUUGGAUUGGUUCAGUGUUAAUGCCCUUCAUUGGCAUUUAUGACUUGUGAGCUAUGAGGGUAUGACAUUGUAACGUGCCCAUCAUAGAAGUGUGUGCCGCAUUCAUUAAACUGCUGUGUCUGGAUGCGUCACUGCACCCUGGCUUCUGGUAUUCAACAUUUCCCUUUAAAUUUAGCUUGUCGGGGUCUUGGACAGAAUAUUCCCGAACGGACCAUUUAAGAAAAAUGGACGUCUAAUGAAUUAUUGGGGAAUGCCAUCAAUUUUUGUACUGUCAUGGUUGCAGAAUGCGAUUCACUCGAACAACUCUUCGCUUUUCAAGUAAGAGUAAAUGUUUGGCCAAAAAAAGGUAAGGGUAGGUGAUAUAGACAUAAAUUAUUGUCCGAAUUAUUUUUGUGAGGUUGUGGCUGGUUUGGCACAACAAACUUGUUGCUCUAUUUCCGAUGUAUGAGUAGAAACAAAGGUUAAAUGACGAAACGGUUAUAAAUAAUCUUAUUUAUAA